UAUUUGGAUGCGCGCCUGUAGUGUUUCACAGGAUAGAACACAGCGAGCCGACGUUGGAAAACACCGCGCUGGAACAGCAUUCUGAGGAAGAGAUGAGAAAAGAAAUGUACCUCCAGAAGUUACUGUUUCUAAAAAACUACACAUGUUUAACCAAAGAAGCUGUGGAAACUUUUGUUGAGGUCAUGACUGCAGCAGUGAAAAGUGGGGUGAAUCCUGUGGGUAAUGGCAGUAACUGGGACUUCAGCAGUUCUUUCUUCUUUGUUGGCUCCGUAAUAACAACUAUAGGUUAUGGAUACCUGGCUCCAAGGACAGCAGGAGGCCAAAUGUUCUGUGUUCUCUUUGCGAUGUUUGGAAUUCCCCUGAACCUAAUUGUUCUGAACCAUGUGGGGAAGAUCCUGUCUUCUUGGACUGAGAAGCUGGGGACUCGACUAUACAACAGAGGAAUGGAUGAGAAAAGGGUGAAGGUUUUUACCAUUGUUUUCUUCUUGGUGGUUGGAAUAAUCCUGUUCCUGGCUUUACCCCCAUUCGUGUUCAGCCUCACAGAAAAAUGGAGCUACAGAGAAGGAGUCUACUAUGCGUUUAUCACCCUCAGCACGAUUGGAUUUGGUGACUAUGUUGUUGGCAUCAACACAGCAAAACCGUAUUAUCGAUGUCUGGUUGCCUUCUGGAUACUCUUUGGAAUGGCAUGGUUGGCUCUUCUGUUUAAUCUACUAACCACAUUUUACAAAGACACAGAGAAGAAAAUCUCCAAAGUGCACUGGAAGAGAAAAGCAGCAAAGGCCGACAAGAAGAGGUCGAAUAGCUCCCAGACAUCAGGGUCUGCUUCAGAAGAUGUCAUUCCCAUGGGGACCAGUGAUGACCAUGAACAGCAAACCAGUUACACGCCUGAAGCCAUUUCACAUCUGACAGUCCAGCUGAGUAAACGUGUUCAAGGGCCUGAUAUACAUUCAGCCACAGACGAACUGGUUUCUACCAUGGAAAGCUAAUAGUGUACAAACUUUUUAGUGUUUAAUGUCAAGGCUAUAUUUCAAAUUUCUGUGCUGUAAGUGUGUUUUUAUGUGUCAUGUGGAAAAAAAAUCGUCAAUUCAUUUCAGGAAAGAAAGUAAGAUGCAAUGCCAGGUGUGCCUCCUGUUCCGUGGAAACAGGCCACAUUCGCAUGAGGAGUCAAAAACCUCCUGGGGCCCUCAGGACUUGCUCGGGAGGCUUGUCCCCACCGCCUGCCCCCACUUAAUGGCUAAUUAGUCCAUUAGUCCAGGGUAUUUCAUCCCUGAUGUGCCACUGAUCCAGUGCUCUGUCAUUGAGUUACCUCCUGGCAAGAGAAGUGCUCAUAGCUUCCAAGAAGGACAACCAGCCUGCAUCCAGCCCGAGUACAUCUGUCUGUCUGUCUCGAACCUGCGCCGCCUGUCCAGCCGAGCCCUGGGCCUGUGGUAUGGAGCUGUACCUGCUUCCAGCCGGCGCUGCACGACGGCGCAGUCGCCCUGCCCUGCUGUCGCUUAUCCUGUUUGGCCAGCCUUCGCAGCUCCAGCCCGGCGAUCUCCGCCAGCUCUCGUCCCUCCUCGCGCCUUGACUGGGAGUGUGGAAUCCUCAGACCGUCCUGCAGGCGCGGCUCUUUCCAUCUUCCCACUAUGUCAGAACAGCGUGAAAAAUAAAGAAAUAAAUACAUGAAAUGAUACUACUACGGUUAAAUAUGCUCUAAAACGGCUUGCUGGGAUAGUCCCCGGCUCUGCCGCGGCCCCGAAUUGGAAGAAGCGGAUAGAAACUGGAUGGAUUUUGUGAAGUGGAAGACCAGGUGAGAAGGGUUUGCCACUCAGAGGUACAUUGAAGAAAAGAGCUGUGAUGCACGAGUGACGCAGCAAGCCAAACUAAAACAUUCAGCGCAGUGUGUCAACAGCACUGCGGUUAAACAACCCGAACAUUUCAUCCUUUUACUUGAGCUUACACGGAUCACUCAGUAAACACGAAGAUUUAUUUCACACAUUAAUUUCUAUUGAUAAAAUAACUCGCGUAAAUUAAUGAGGUAAAGUUGUUUUAAACUCAAUAAUUUUAUUUCACUGUAUUUAGAAUGCCUAUUAUUAGCAAACCCUCAUGUAUUUCUCAAUUACUGUAACUUUCUUCAUAUGUAUUCACUCCUGCCAGCUUCCCAGCUUUGUGUCGGAUCAACAACUUCAACAAGUGUACUUGAUAACAUACUGAAGGAGCAUGUUUACCAAAUAAGGCCUUUUUUGGAGGACAGAAAUGCCCACUCAUUCCACUUCAUUUGCUGCCUCUCAGUAUCUCUUGUGGAUUUCUUUCCAGCAACACUGUAUUAUAUAAUAUAUUGGAGUUCAGGUUUUUUAUUUGCAAGGAAAACAAAAGGGCAAUUUCAUGCACUGAGCAAGAGUGUGAUUUCAAUGUUAUAAUAUUCAGAAAUAAACCUGUAGAAUUCACAAAUAUAAUGCAGUCUUGUGUAAAUGUA